AUGCUUGAUAAUGAGCCAAGAAAUAAUAUACGUUUUAUCUCAUCUGGGUGCUAUAUCCCAAAUACCCUCGUAACAAACGAGGAAAUAGCUCAAAAGGUAGGGAGCUCUGAUACAUGGAUACAGGAACAUACAGGUAUACAGACACGCUACAUAGCAGACAAAGGGGAGGCCGCAUCAGACUUGGGGUAUAAGGCGGCGCUGCAUGCUAUACAGAAAUCUCGCAUAGAUAAAGACAGCAUACAGAUGCUUAUAACAGCUACCUCCACUCCUGACCACCUUAGUUUUCCUGCCACCUCAUGCAUCAUACAAAAAAAACUUAAUAUCUCGGAAGCAAUGGCUUUUGACAUAACUGCUGCAUGCUCGGGUUUUACCUACGCAGCAUCACUUGCUAUUGAUGCUUUGCAUGCAGGGUCUAUAGACACUGCACUUGUUAUUGGGAGCGAGGUCUUCUCUUCUAUCAUAAAUUGGAACGAUAGAAACACUUGCAUACUGUUUGGUGAUGGUGCUGGUGCCGUACUGCUAAGCACUCGAUUCGAAGGAACAAGCAGAAUAUUAGCACGCCACAUGAUAUCAGAACCUACAGAAUACAAGUCCUUAUAUCGCCCAGCAGGUGGUUCAGCUACGCGUGAUAUUCCGUACACCGAAGAAGAAUGCUUUGUAAGCAUGAACGGCAAAAAGGUAUAUCAGUUAGUGCUUAAUCUUUGCGUACAAACCAUAGAAGUAAUAGUGCAAAAAAGUGGCAUUACACUUAAUGAUAUAGACUUACUUAUUCCUCAUCAAGCAAACCUAAAGAUGCUACAAAACGCAGCAAAGCGCAUACAGUUUCCUAUAGAGAAAAUAGUCCUCAACUUAGAUACAUACGCAAAUACAUCAGCAGCUUCCAUCCCCAUAGCGAUAGCAGAAGCAGAGGCGAACGGAAGACUAGAAAGAGGCAUGAAAGUGCUACUUAUAGGCUUUGGAGCUGGACUUACAUGUGGUGCUAUACUACUCGAAUGGUAG